UUUAGAAGUCCGUGCAACGUGAAUGCCUCGAUCGGAAAGCAACCGAUCGUAACUUUCUCAACCGGUAUAUAUACCCCAGUGGCAGUAGAGGAGCGAUCGAAACUAAUAUGGCGACCAAAUGCUUUUAUGAAUUCAUGUCAGCUUUAAGCAUUUGCACAAUCGUGACAGAUGAUGUGUUAUUUAGCAAACAAUAACAACCACCAGUUUUAACGCGGACAUACAUGUACGCUAUGAGGUUCGUUGCUCUUCCUUCCUCGAUAUUCAUGAAAAGGGUGCUUCUCCGCUGAGAGACCUUGCAGUUGAUAGUCGCACAACUUACACUUACAAUCAGUCGAUACAGGAGUUUCAGCAGUCUAUUGCAGGGGUUAUUGAGGAUAGGUUGUUAGACAGGGUUAGGGAAUCAGGCUUCUUUAGUGUCAUGAUAGAUGAGUCCUCUGAUGUUUCAGUUCAUCAAAACUUAGUGUUGUACAUUAGGUACUUAGAGGAGUCUUUGGGUAGGUUAGAUGCAAAAACUACCUUCAUGGGUAUUAGGCAGCUAGCCUCAGCAAAUUCAAAUAGCAUUAGGGAAGAGGUUGUCAAGAUUUUGUCAGAUAAGGGCUUAGAAAUUUCAAACCUUGUAGGCAUAGCUACUGGUGUAGUUAAGCAGUUGAAGGAUCUCUCCCCCUCUCUUCUCUCUACGCACUGUAUUGCCCAUAGGUUAGCCCUUAGUUGUGGUGGUGCUGCUGAUCAGAUUCCCUAUCUUGUGAAGUUUCAGGAAAUUCUCAACUCUCUUUACAAGUACUUCCACAACUCUCCUAAGAACACUGCCAAACUUGAGUCUAUUCAAUCUAUUCUAAACUCUAGUUCUCUCAAGAUGAAGGAGGUUUUUCACACUAGGUGGUUGAGUUUUGAAGGUGCUGUUGAUGCUGUUGUCAAGACCUAUCCCUCAUUGCUAUCUGUUUUCCUUGAGGAGAAAUCUGACAUUGACUUCUCCUCUGUCAAUCCUCUUCUGCAUUCCACAGUUUCUGUUCUAGAGAGGUUAAGGGAUUCUAAAGAUGGAAAUGUCCUGUCUUCUUUCCUACAGCAAGCUCCUUCUUCUCCAUCUUUUGACUCCUCUGGACUCUGUACUUUUGAUUUCAAAGGUCACUGUAUUAGAGAUAGUUCAAAGAAGAGGGCUGAGGCUGUUUCAGCAUGUGAGAAGUUUAUUUCAGGUGUCAUUGCUAACUUAAGGGAUAGGUUUGUUAGUGAAGGGGAUGGUAAGGUCAUGUCAGCUUUGUGUUCUAUCUUUGAUCCUUCUUUCAUUUCUUCCACAAUUCCUCCUUCUCAGGAGACUUUGACUACUCUCUCUGAUUUCCUACAGAAGUGUUCUUUUUCAAAUUCAGAGGAUUUAUGUUCAGAAGUAGUUGGGUUUCGUGAAUUUGUUAGGCAUGUAGGUAGUAGUGCAGGAUUGACCUCAGUUAAGGAUAUAGCUCAGUUUAGUUUUAGGCAUAGUUCAGUGUACCCAGUGGUAGGAUAUCUAGGUAGGAGACUGUUGGUUCUUCCUGUAUCGACUGUUGACUGUGAGAGGGGCUUCUCCAGACAGAACCUCAUCAAAACAGACCUGCACAACUCAUUGAAGAUAGAGUCCCUAUCCAACAUUAUGAUGAUAGCCAUAGAGGGACCCACAUCAGAAUCUUUCCCAUUUGAGGAUGCCUUCAACAAGUGGGCCAGUGUGAAGACAAGAAGGAUAUUGUGAACAGUGAAAUGUGACUGAUGUGAUUACCAAUUGGACUUUUCAUAGACUUUCUUAAUCUUAACUGUGAAAUGUGUGACUUUGGUGUGUUAUUUAUUGACUAUUUCCUUUUGUUGUGCUAUGAGUUUAUGAAUGAGAUUAAUAAAUAAAAUUAUUUAUCUUCA